UGAGCUCAGUGUGAUCAUCAGGGCUAGAGAACACUAACACUGAGGGAUUAAACCCCACACUGGAAUUAGGAGAAGUUUAUUCUGUUAUUGCUCAUUAAGGAGAUGUACCAUGUGGUGACUGGAGGAGUUCCUGAAACCCAGGAGUUGCUGAAGCAGCGUUUCGAUCACAUCUUCCACACAGGAAACAGCACAGUGGGGAAACUGGUGAUGGAAGCAGCUGCACGCCACCUCACACCAGUCACGCUGGGGGGUCCCUGUUAUAUUGAUAAAGGCUGUGACCUCCGAAUAUCCUCUGCUCCCACUGUCCUAGAAGAUGUAACCCCAGAAUCAAAGGUGAUGCAGGAAGAGAUCUUUGGGCCUGUACUGCCCAUCGUCCCUGUAAAUGGAAUGAAUGAAGCCAUCCAGUUCAUUAACGAACAAGAGAAGCCAUUGGCGAUAUAUGUCUUCUCUUCUAGUAAGAAGGUAAUAAAGAUGAUGUUGGAAACGUCCAGUGGAGCGCUAUUAGUUAACGACUGCCUGGUUCACUACACCAUCAGUGACUUGCCUUUUGGUGGUGUUGGAAACCAAAUCCCAUUGAUGUUGACUUUUUAUGGAAAAUCCCAAGCUCCACGAGGUAACAGCAGGACCGGUUGCUACCAUGGCAAAUACACGUUUGAUCAGUUGAGUCACUUGCGCAGCUACCUCAUAAAAAAUCUGAACAUGGAAAGGCUCAACUUGAUCCGCUACUCACCUCACACGGCAGAGAAGCUCCGCUGGGCCCGAAUGCUCUUCGUCAAGCAGAGGUUCUGGCGAUAAAGAACGCCGACAGUCCCAUCCAGCCUUCUCUGGAAACGUCAUCUCUUUAUUGUAGAAUUAAUAAUCAAGUAAAACUUUACUUUGUAAACUGAUAGAAAACAAAAACUGAUUGAAAAAUAGCAGCCAUGUUUUACAGGAAGGCAAGAAGACACGUUUCCUUUUAUGGACGUUAACCAAAUGCAAAUAAAACACCCUAAAUAGUUAAAUAGUUUUAUUAUGCAAGUGUACACUACACUACAGUUCAUUUCAGAGAUACUGUAACUCCAUCACAGUUAGAAUAUUUCUUUUGUCAAGAAAAAAAAGAUAAUAGAAAUACAGAGCCGUUACACUGUGUAUUUUAUUAUAAAUGUUUUUGUUAAACACCGGGCAUAUUUAAGUUAUUCCACAAAAUCAAGUCAUAUGUGAGCUGAUAGCUGUAAGCCGUGUAUGUCCAGAUUGAGUGGAAUAACUGUUUUAUUCUAUCCACAUUCACUGGAUUUUGAGAAACGGAGCAUUUUUAUUUUGUUGCAAAUUCGAUUAAUAAAAACUUUAUACAAAACGUCCGACAAAAUAAUUUCCGCUUAGAAUGUAAACAAACCGGCGAAAUGACAGGCGCAGGUUGUGAAAAAUGCGCUAAUAAUAAUUCUUGAAAAAUAAAAAAAGAUACAUUCUUACCAUCAAAUACUUUCAUUCCAUAUUUUGUUGCUGCUUUUUUUUUGUGGUUUUGUUUUCUAGUAGAGUUUUUAUUUCGUCCUCAGUUGCUUCAGCAACACACUCCGCCAUUUUGUUUUUCUCUACUCACGGUGUAUGGGCUGAUAUCCUAGUAGUAGAGUAGCCAAUCAGAGCGCAUGAUUGCUCUUAUCCAGUGAAUGUGGAUAGAAUAAUACUUGUUACAGGAUUUUCAGGAUGUGUUCCAUAUAAUGUGUGUAUCACAGUUGAUGUAAAAUAUCUUUUAGG